AUGGACCAAGAAACAGCGCAAGCUUUAUUCAAUCAAGGCGCGUUCUUGCUUUUCUUGAACGCGCCCGAAGGAUUGGAGUUCGGCAUAGAUUAUAACUCAUGGAAAAUAGGACCAAAGUUCAAGGGAUUGAAGCUCAUUCCUCCUGGGUUACAUUUCGUAUUUUAUAGUACUUCAGACAAAACUGGUACUUCCGGACUUAGAACAGGAUUUUUCAAAUUUUAUGAAUCAAAGGAGAUAGUAAUAAAAGAUUGGGAUCAUGCAUUAGAAGAUGUUAAAAAAAGCGAACAACUUGAUCCAGAGCAAAUCGAGCGAUUAAAAAUAGACAUGCGUCAAUUCGAUCCAUUUUUGGGACCAUAUCCUUUAUCACCGCCAACAAAUUGGCAAAAAUGGAUUCGCCUAACAAAUUAUAUAACUCCUCGUCUCAUUUCUGUUAUCUUGCCUAAUGAAGGGAAAGUGACUAAUAUUUCAUCAUCUACUGUUGACGAAGAAGAGCUGAUUAAUUUAGGUGAUUCGAGAUAUGGAGAAAGUGAUAUUAUAUUAUUUACAAAAUUUGACCUCAAAAAAAGUUGGAAGCUUGGAGCCACGGGUCAAGAGGUCACAAAAUAUAGCCAAGAUAAAAGUUGGCUUUUGGGCGAGUUGUUAAGAAAAGCUUAUGAUAAUGAUGUGUUAAAUUAUCAACUUGAAGAAUGUCCGCAAGAUUUUUUUCAUGAAAUUUUGGCUGAAAAUAAUUAUCUUGUUCAUUCAUUAAAGAUGUUUCGUCGAAAUAUUUUGGACUCGUUUUUUUCGAUAAGUGCAUCAUCACAACAACAAGGUUCACAAAAGUUACAUGCUUUAAGGCGUCGAUUUGAAAAGUUUAGAGGUUUUCUUAAUCAAAGAUUUCAUUGGGGAAUUGUUGAAGAAGAAAUAGCUAGGGAGGAGGAGGAAGAAGGGGAGUAUGCACCAGUUGUAGUAGAAUUGCCUGAAAAUGAAUAA